AUGUUAGAGAGUGGAAUUAUCGAACCCUCGAAUUCAUCUUGGACUUCUCCUGUUGUUAUAGUUAAGAAACUUGAUGGAUCCCCUAGGUUUUGCGUAGACUAUCGGCGCUUAAAUUCCAUUACUCAAAAAGAUGUUUAUCCAUUACCUCGUAUCGAUGACGUUAUUGAACGUUUAAAUGGAUCUCACGUAUUUUCUAAACUUGAUUUAUGUAGUGGGUACUUUCAAGUACUUCUAGCACCUGAAGAGCAUGCUAAAACUGCAUUCACAACUCCUGAUGGACUUUGGCAAUUUACUAGGUUACCUCAAGGUUUAAAGAAUUCACCAUCAGUUUUCCAACGAUUGAUGAAUCAAACUCUGAGAUCAUUACGCUGGGAUAUAUGUCUUGCUUAUUUGAACGAUAUUAUCGUCUAUUCCCCUUCGUUUGAUCAACAUCUUUUAGACGUUAAUCAAGUAUAUAAAGUAUUACAUGCAUCAAAUUUUAAAUUGAAUUAUAAUAAAUGUGCAUUUUUUCAACAUGAAAUUUCAUUUCUUGGCCAUAAAAUUAAUGCUGAUGGUUGUUCACCUAAUGAUGAUAACAUUCGUUCUAUUAUUCAAUUUCCUUUGCCUCAAUCGAGUAAAGCUGCUCAUUCUUUUUUACAAAUGAUCGGUUUUUACCGACAAUUUAUUCCUCGCUUCGCUCACAUAUCAGCACCACUUAAUAAAUUUACUCGCAAAGGUUUUCCAUUUAUAUGGACUGAAGCAGAACAAUUAGCCUUUGAUCAAUUAAAGGAGGCUAUCACAUCUCCUGCGAUUCUCAUUCUACCUGAUCCUUCACAACCAUACAUUAUCCGUACAGAUGCUUCACGUGUCGGUAUAGGUGCUGUACUAUUACAAAAGCAACCUCCUGAUGAUAAUGAUAAAUCAACUAUAUCAAUAUAUAAACCAGUUGCUUUUGCAUCCCGAGGUUUAAAACCAGCUGAAAAGAAAUAUUCUGCUAUUGAACUUGAAGCAUUAGCUAUUUGGUGGAGCGUUACUCAAAAAUUUCGAUCGUAUAUUGAAGGACAACAAUUUUUUCUUGAAACUGAUCAUAAACCAUUACUAUCAUUGAUGAAAAAACCUUAUCAUAACGCUCGUAUUGCACGAUGGAUGACAACAUUACAACAAUACGAUAUGAUUAUUCAAUAUAUACCCGGAAAAGAAAAUACAACCGCUGAUGCUCUUUCUCGUUAUCCAGUUGAUAAACCUGAUGUUAAUGAUGAAGAUUCACCUCGUCUUAUUACUUCUUCAACUCAAACUGAUAAUAUUUUCGUCAAUGUUGUUACAACCCGUUCAAUGACACGACAACAUUCAUCACCUGUUCCUUCAACAACAACUUCAUCAUCAGCUCCUUCUUCUAGAACAACAAUAACACCACCUGAGACACCUCGAUCUACUCUGCCUGUCCCAUCUUCUUCUUCUUCUUCAUCCUAUAAUGACAUUAACAUUUCAUUCGAUCAUGAUAUAUUAACCUUACAUCAGGAUCAAGAUCUUGGUAUUCAGAAAAUAAAAAAAGUUUCACCACUAACCUCUAAAUAUACACUGGAUGAUCAUAAUAUCCAUUAUAAAAUGAUUACUCGAAAGAAUGGUCAUGUUCUUCAAUUACCUUAUGUUCCUGCUUCUUUAAUUCCUCAACCGAAUAUGUACCAAGAUAUCGAACGACAUAUUUUAUCAUGCAUUAAUUGCCGAAAGCAUAAACCUUCUCGCCGAAAAACUGAUGGUUAUCUACAUUCAAUAGAACCACCUCGCGGUGUUUGGGAACGUCUUGCUAUGGAUUAUGUUGGUCCUGUACCUCAAUCCAAAUCGGGUAAUAAAUAUUUUCUUGUACUAACUGAUUUAUUUUCCAAGUUCGUCAUCACCAAAGCCGUCCCCAAUAAUACAUCAACAACAGCUGCUAAAUUUUUAUUAUUUGAUGUCUUUAUGAUCUAUGGUGUUCCAGUUGAAAUUAUUACUGAUAAUGGCCAACAUUUUUCUUCUUCUUUAUAUGAAUCCUUGCUGACGUUAACUCAAUGUUGUCAUGUUAAAACUACACCUUAUAAUCCCAAAGCCAACGGUCAAUGUGAAAGACAUAAUGCCACUCUAGUACCCAAUUUACUUGCACUUUCUAAUCGAUCUCGAUCUGACUGGGAAGAUAAAUUGGUAGCUACAAUUUUCAAUUAUAAUGCUACUCGACAUGAUUCUACUGGUUACACUCCAUUCGAAUUAAUGUUUGCACGUCAACCUCGUUUUAUAGCUGAUUUCACCUCAUCAUACUAUGCAACAAUUUAUUGA